AUGAACAUCUCGAUCCUCUCUCUCCCGCUCUCUUUGUCGCAGCGCGCGCGCAUCGGUCUGGCAGCUGUUGCGCUCAUGCCCCCGAAGCGCAAACCGGCCGGUGGCGGCGCACCGAAAGCGCGGCAGUCCAAGCUCGCCAAGGAGCACAAUGUCUCGGCGCAGGAGGAGGGUGAAAUUGAAGAGGCCUGGAGCCUCUUUUCCGAGCCCAUGGACGGCGAGAAGAAGGGCGUCAUGCCCAUCGACGACGUCAAGUCGGCCCUCAUAGCCCUCGGGAUCCCGCCGUCGUCGCCCUCGGAGCUCUCCGACUUUGUCUCCAUCCUCGACCCGUCGUCGGACGGAUACGCCACCUACGAGCCCUUCUUCGCCAUCUGCGCGCUCAAGUUCCACGCGCGCAGCGACGGCGAUGCCGCCUCGCACCGGGCGCAAGUGGACGAGGCCUUUCGGCUCUUCACCAAUGGCGCCGAGGGCCCCAUUUCGCUCGCGCACCUCCGUCGCGUGGCCGCCGUGCUCAAAGAGAGUGUCGACGAGGAGAUGCUCAAGGACAUGAUUCUCGAGGCAAACGGCGGGGCUGGCGUUGCGAGAGGCGUGGCCAUGGACGAGUUUGACGAGGUGAUGAGGACCGCCGGCGUAUGGCGCCCCAGCGGCUUCUGCGCCAGGCGAACGCAAGACAUGGACUCCGCUCCGGAUGACGAUGACGCGCGCGCCGUCGAGCUCGAGACCCUCAUGGCCAUCUGGCCCGAGAUACGGCACCCGCUCGACGCCGACGGACCGGAGCAUGGCGACUCGGCGCCUUCCAGAUUCACCUUUGAGCUCGAGCUGCCCGUCCGCCCCGCGCAGCCCGUGACGGUCCUGUUCCCUGCGGCUUCGCCAUCUCAGCACGAGGUCUCGGGCGCGUCGGGCUCGGCACCGCCAGACCCUGUCGACUCGCUCCUCGUAUCGCACUUGCCCUCCCUCUCGCUACGCGUCACUCUCCCAGACGGCUACCCGGAGACGCACCCGCUACAGGCCACCAUUUCCACCACUCCCCAGUGGCUUUCGCGCGACACUCUGGCCAGCCUCGAGGAUCAAGGGGCCCGGCUCUGGCGGGAGGCCGGACGCGACCUCGUCGCCUACGCCUACAUUGACCACGUCCAGAGAACCGCCGAUGACGUCUUUGGUGUCGUCUCACCCGAGGGCACGCUCGAGGUCAACCCGGCGCACAAGCUGGCCGUGCUCGACUACGACAUCAAAGCCAAGAGAGCGGCGUUUGAAAAGGGAUCCUUUGAAUGCGGCGUAUGCCUCGACCCGAAAAAGGGACCUUCAUGCCACCAGAUGGUCGACUGCGGACACAUCUUCUGCCUUGGGUGUCUGCGGGACUUUUAUGGCGAUGCCAUCGAUCAGGGCAACAUAUCCUCGGUGCGGUGCCUGACGCCAAACUGCGCCAAGGAGCGCGCCGCUGCGGCUCUCGCCUCCAACAGCGGCCCGUCGCGCCAGGGCCGCAAGCCAAAGACCUUCAUCAGCCCCAGCGAGCUGCUGCAGAUUGGGCUCUCCGGGGACGUGGUCAAGCGUUACGUCACGCUCAAGUACAAGACGGAGCUCGAGUCAGACAAGGACACCAUCUACUGCCCGCGGCAGUGGUGCAACGGGGCCGCGCGCUCCAAGAAGCACAGGAAGCCCGAGGGCCUCGAGUUCGCCGAGACAUCAGACGGCGAGUCCGAGCAGGGGGCGGAUGGAGAUGAAGGAGACGAACCCGACGAGGAGGCUGCGGAUGAGGGCAGAGCGGUGGAGACGAGCAGGAAAAAGGAGCAGGUCAAGGCCGCCAAGUUCAACCCGGCCGACCUCUUGUGCGUGUGCGAGGACUGCGGCUUCGCCUUUUGCGCGCGCUGCCUCCAGACGUGGCACGGCGAGUUUGUGCGCUGCGCCCCGCGGCGCAACAAGGACGAGCUCACCGAGGAGGAAAAGGCGUCGCUCGAGUACCUGCAGCUGCACACCAGCCCCUGCCCGACGUGCAGCGCCCCGGCGCAGAAGACGCACGGGUGCAACCACAUGAUAUGCUCGCGGUGCGAUACACACUUUUGCUACCUGUGCUCGGCGUGGCUCGACCCAGCGAACCCCUACCAGCACUACAACCAGCAGGCCGACGGCAAGGUCACCUCGUGCUACAUGCGCCUGUGGGAGCUCGAGGGCGGCGACGGCGACGACGUCGGCCUCGGCUUCCACGGCGGCGGCGGCUUGGACCUGCAGGCUGAUGACGGCGCGGUGGAUGCGCUCUUUGACCUGGACGAAGAGUCGGGUGACAGCGAGUCGGAGAGUGAAGACGAGGACGCGCAGCAGCAAGAGCAGCAGCAGCAACAGCGACAGAGGCUACCGGUCGGUCGCGCUGGCGAGCCCGUCGCCGUGGCCCGGGAAGCGCCCCUGGUCCUCCGCCUCCUGGACAACCAGCAACCCCGUGGAGGAGGCCGACGCGGCAGGGGAGCGGGCAGGGGAGGAAACAGGGGAAGAGCACCAGGUCCUGCCGCCGGCGCCAGGGGUCGCGGCCAGAACCCACGGCCUCAGCGAGGCGCACCCCCGAGAGCAAUGGACGCUCGUGGGCGCGGGCGAGGACGCGGCGGCGGCGUGGAACAGCAGCAGCAGCAGCAAGCCCCCCCGGCGGCGGCGGCGGCGUGGGACGACGCGUUCGGGCUCGAUGCGGCGGCGGCGGCGUGGGUGCGGCACUUUGUGCAAAUGGCCCUCAUCGACGCCGAGGACGAGGGAGACUCGGAGUCGGACGACGGGGUGCGGCCAUGA